AUGUAUUAUUUUUCGGAUUCUCCAGUUGUUCUUACUGACCUUCCCAGUGAUCUCAAUAGUUUCAUUACAGUCACCGAUGAUGGCCAACUGGUUGCCGUUUUGGUUAGCAAUCAGAUAUACUUUCACUGUCAGAAAUCCAACGUUCUUCUUUGUCAGUAUCGUCACAGUUCCAGUAAUAUUGAAAGGUAUGGUAACCUCGCAUUUGCAGCCUGGAAUAGCACUGGCGAUAUUCUUCUUCUUCGAACUGAUUUAGGAUUUUUGGGCCUUUUGCAUUUAUUAAAACGUGAGAUUGAACAAGGAAAUGGUGAUAAUUCUAUUAAACUACGUCUUGAAGUGGUUGUGAAAUCGGUGAAUAUUUUGCAAUCGCUUGGCCAAUUUUCGUGUUGCAUCUCUACGUGUAAUAAAAUUAUCGCCGGUAACAGAGUCGGUCGAGUUAUUUGUUUAAAUUGGCUUGGAGAGGUGUUGACUAAUGAGGGAUUUGAUUUUCACUCAAUUCCCGUCCAAUCCGAGUUUGGAAUUAACGCCGUCACUAGUCGUCUCGAACCAUCUGUCAACUAUCAUCGAUUUUACUGGGCACCCUCUUUAGGGGGAUUUCUCGUAACCCUCACAAAUGGUCGUUUAAUCUUGGUCAUUCUUCCUCUUUCGAGACUAGACGCAAAGCAAGUCAGAGCUGUAUACUUGACGCAAGUAGAACCGUAUUCUCCUCUAUCUGUCAAUAGUCGAUUCAGAAGUUACGCCGUAGGCUCCUCUGAGUAA